CCCUGAUGACGUCAGAUUAACCGGGUCCUGCGCAGUUCAGCGCGGAUUUUAAAAAUAAGAAUCUCCCGUAAACCUUAUCCACCUACCUUUGGAGUCAAAGUUAAGUAUUUGGGACCGCAACGUUAGAUAAAUUAGUAUAUUUAUGCGUAUUUAAUUAAUUACUUUAUAUAUGUGUAUAGUUUAGUGUUUGAGGAAAACAGUGACGCCAUCAGACAGCACCGCGUUGUUUGUAACGUUAGCAAGCGCUAACUGAAACAUCUCUUGUCUAGUAGCGUCUUUUAAAAAAAACAAGCUAAUUAAGUAUUUAAUGAUUGUACAAAGAUUAACUGACAUAUAUACUGCAGCAAUUAGGUUUUAUUAAUUUUAGCCGUUUGUGAAUAAUUACUGUGAGUGAUCAGAGCGCAAUGAUAGCUAACAAGCUAACGAGAUAGUUUGAUGACACCAACACAAGCUAAUAGUCUCUCAUUGAAUUAGCUGUCAAUAAUGGAGGAUAACUCGUCUUGUUCUUCGCUGGCAAGUGGUCGUUCUCAAGUGUCCUUCCUAAUGAGAACAUUGGAGCGACUGUCAUCCACACAAUGCCUGAAACUCAGAACUGACGAGACGGUUCCCGUCGCUGUCAUCGCGAUUCAGAGAUACUUGUCCGAGCAGGCUGAGGGGCAGCAGCUUCAGGUCGACAGUUAUAGCUACGACGUGACGAUCACAGACGGAGUCUGGCGAGCAAAGUGCUUUCUUCACCCCGGUUUAAACUACCUGGUGCACAAAAACACCCUCAAGACUGGGAGUGACAUAAGCGUCACACAGUGCUCUUUUGUUUACAAUGAGAGGAGAUUGGGACAUGGUUACAUUUGUAUUGAAAAGCUUGGAUGCAGGGAUGAAAGGUCCGAUGUUCUCCCCCGUAUUAACAAUGUCAAUUCACUGCCCAUAUUGGUAAAGCAUGGCAUGGAGAGGAGUGUAGUGCUGCAAAGUGAUGUUCCCCUUCAGAUCAGCCGCAAACAUUACCUCUCUCUUUGGAACAACGACGACCCUGAAGGAGACAUGUGGAUCUCGACGGCACCCCCGUCUGAUACAGUACUGGAUGUGUCCAAGGUUAUUCUUCUUUGUAGCCUGGAGUCCUCCUUGAGAAUCUCAUGGAAACCUCUUCCUCUCCUGGUGAAGAUAAUACACAAAUCCAGAUUAAGGUAUUAUGGAAAGUUUGGACUCAAGAUUGACUACCCCUACCAGACCUACUUUGAAGUUGCUGACCAGAGUGGUACGAUGUCACUAGUGCUUUGGAACGAACUUUGUCCCGAGUUUUACAAGAGAUUGAAUGUUGGCACAGUGUUGUACCUCCAAAAUUACACCUUGAAGCAGAGUUAUUCAAACCGAUCACGUCCUCAAAUGGACCAUCACAGGAUGAAGAACUUUAAAUCUGUAGAAAUCUGCCUGAAUCCUCGUAACCCAGCUUCGAUCAUCACUGUGGUCUCACCAAAGGGAGUUCUGCCUCAGUGGGGACUGCCUGAGGUUUCCUAUCAGUUCACCACCAGGUCAGAGUUGGAGAAUCUAGCCAACAAUUCUGCAUGUGAUGUUAUUGGGUUGGUAACAUUCGUUGGCCGUGUUGAAAGGGUCAAGAGCAAAGGAAAUAUGGGUCCAGAAAAAUACUGGACGUAUCGCUGGGUCCACGCGGUGGAUGGAACAUCUGACCACCCUUUCAUCUUGGAGCUUUUUUCUUCGUCUCAAACCGAAAUCUUCAAUCAUAUUUGUCCAAUGACUUAUCUGGUAUGCACUCAGAUGAGAGUUUGUCAGGUGGAAGGUGCCUUGCCAUAUCUAACAAGUAGCUGUGAGACCGAGAUGUUUAUUACAGGCUACCACAAAGGUCAGCCAUAUGUGAGUGACACAAGAGUGAAAAGCUUCAUCCAGUGGACCAAGACUCUGAAGGACAACAUUGUCCUGCAGAAGACUGCUGUUGGUGGACAUUAUUGUUACCCUCGUCCCCCACAGAAGUUUACUCAGUCCACUGCAGAUACAUCAGGUCAGGGAAGGAAACUGAAUGGUCAAGUUCCUCUGGUUGCUGCCGCUGACCUGAAGAGGGAGUUAGAGACCCUGCAAUAUAGAGAGCAUAAAAAACUUGCAAUUCAGGGUCAGAUCACUGCAGUGCGGUACAUGAAAAACCUGAAGACCUCACAGUCUGAAGGAACAGAAGAAAAAGAGUGUGAACAAGCUGCACCAGAUCCCUCCACAGCAGAGCAGACGGUGGUGGGCACUUUAGCAUCUUCCUCCUCAGAGUGUAGCUUAGCUAGCAGAGGGAAAAGAAGAAUUCAAAUGAGUAAAGCUGCUCAGUCCUCUCCAAAUGGGGACCGCACUCCAUCUAAAAGGAGGUUUAUGCACAAAAAUACAGAGAAAAGAAGGGAACAAAGGGAAGAGGAGGAGACUGAUUCUACAUUAGAGGAGGUUCAGUGUGAGGAAAGUGGGCAUCUGCAAAGUUUAAGUCAAGACUCUAAUGCUUUAUCCUGGGACAGCAGCAGCUGGUCAAAGCAAAAGCAAGAGGUCGCUGAACAUUUAGAUCAGGGUGGUCUUCACCAGGACAGCAUCUCCCGCAGGUUUACGUUUGAUGAGAAGAAUGACCUCCUGCAGUGGGGUAACCUUCAGCCAACACGGUGGACAUCAGAGCCGACAGCUGACACCAUCCCAUCUGCGAUUUGUCUAGGAUACUACCAACUAACAAUACUAGGCAUUAACAAGCAGAUAGCUGUGGAUGCUGCCUUUUUUCCCGUUGUGCACUCUGAUGACCCCCGGGCUGUUGGGCUUCCUCAGGAUCCACAUGACAACACAAUGCUGUCCAGCCUUUCGUCAGGUUUCCUCUGGCCUGUCAGUGGUGCAGCCAACCACACAAAUUCAACUCUUCUUGAGCCCGAGGGGAUGCUGCUGACUGCCAGUGAGCUGGAGGACACGCAUGUCGUGUGCAUCCUGGACCUUUGCCAUUUGGGUGGAGACAAAGUGGAAAUCCUUAUCAACAAGGUGUACAGAGUGACAGAGGUUUCACUCGACUAGAAGCUACACAGAAGCAAGAAAGGCUCCUGUAAUUACAAGCAUUAAUUGUGUAAUUAAUUUAGAAUAAACUGCAAAAAAUAUUAUUUGUUAGAUAAGUACAGUAUGUCAUGAUUUAUACUUUUCAUUAUUAAAAUACUAAAAUCUAUAAAAUU